AUGUCUGGCACCAAGCGCAAGGUCGAUUCGGCCGAGGACAGAAAUGGAAAACGCACCAAAACCAAGAUCAAUGCCGUUCCAGCUGCGGAUAACAGCAAAUCGAAAUACUAUCCCCCGACAUUCCAGAAAAAGGGAAUCACGAGGGGUUCUCGGAAGAUGAACAGAGAUAAAAAACUACGCAAACAAUCGGAAAAGCAAACGUCGUCUUCCAAGAAGCAUCGACGUGGUGACGAUGAGGAAGAAGAGAGCGACGAGGACGACUCAUCUGUUGAUUCGGAUGUGUCAAUGAGUGACGAUGGUGACAAUGACGAGAACGACGAUGUUGAUGUUUCAGAGGAAGAAGAAGAAGAUCAAGAAGAUAAAGGGCAGGAGUACGAGACCGCGGAAGAAGAGUUUGGAGAAAAAUCAACCGACGCCGCCGAUGCUGACAAAAAGAGCUCUUCUUCUCGUGAAAGCCACGCCAAGCAAAAAGCCCUAGCACAAGAACGCAAGGCUGCGAAGCCCAAUGCUGACAUUAUCGCACGGUCGAAGAAAUUGUGGGAACGACUCCGCCGUAAAUCCCACGUUCCUCGGGAAGAACGCAAAAAGCUGGUUGCCGAGCUCUUCGAGAUUAUCACUGGCAGAGUCGAUGAUUUUGUUUUCAAGCACGAUUCAGUCCGCGUCAUCCAGACCGCAUUGAAGUAUGCCAGCCUUGAGCAAAGGAAAAUGAUUGCCAGUGAACUCCAGGGGCACUAUAAGGAGCUUGCCGAAAGCCGGUAUGCGAAAUUCCUACUCGGUAAGAUGUUGGUUCACGGCGACGCCGACAUUCGCGACAUGAUUGUCCCUGAAUUCUACGGGCAUGUUAAGCGUCUUAUAAGACAUCCCGAGGCAUCCUGGAUUCUGGAUGAUAUUUACAGGACUGUGGCUACUAAGAAACAGAGGUCGAUUCUGCUACGCGAGUGGUAUGGCCCAGAAUUUGCCAUUUUCCGAGAAAGUGGUGAUUCGGAUGUGACUGCAGAUUUGUCUCAGAUUCUCGCUGAAAGCCCCGAAAAGAGACAUCCGAUAAUGCACGCCUUGUUCGAACUCAUCAAUCAACUCGUGCAGAAGAAAACGACUGGAUUUACCAUGUUACACGACGCAAUGCUCCAAUACUUUUUGAGCACGAAGCCAGGCAGCUCUGAAGCAAACGAGUUUAUUGAACUCAUCAAGGGAGACGAAGAAGGAGACCUCGCUAAGAAUAUGGCAUUCACAAAGUCCGGGUCAAGAUUGAUGUGUCUUUGCCUUGCCUACUCAUCUGCCAAAGACCGCAAGUUGCUCCUUCGAUUUUACCGGGAUACUAUCAAGCUGAUGGCUGGGGAUGUCUACGGGCAUAUGGUCAUCCUUGCUGCAUUCGAAGUCAUUGAUGACACUAAGCUCAGUUCUAAAUCCAUCUUCCCCGAGCUUUUGAGUCAAGAUGCCGAUGAGUCGACUCGCCAUGAAGAUCUGCUAAUGCAGAUCAAUGACAACACAGCCAGGAUUUCAGUCCUGUAUCCAUUUGCCGGUGAUAAGGUCAAAUGGCUUCUUCCCGCUGGUGACGGGGAAAUUCUAAAGGAAGUUUUCGAUAUCCGAAAGGAGACUUCCAAGAAGGAGCCGGCCAUCCGUCGCGAAGAACUUGUUAAAGCGGCCAGUGCAAGCCUCCUUGAGUUCAUUGCAGCACGCGCCGAGUCCUUGAUGGAGACGAGUUUUGGUUGUCAAUUCCUGUCCGAGGUGCUCUUUGGUGCGGAUGGCGACAAGUCCGCUGCUCUCAACGCCGUUGCUAUUGCCGCCAAAUCGAAGAUUGAAGCCCAAGACUCGCCAUUCGUUGGAAGAAUGCUCAAAUCUCUCGUUCAAGGCGGACGUUUCAACAGUGCCGAGAAGAAGGUGGAAAAGGUGAAUCCUCCUUUGGAUUUCCACAACUUGCUUUACGACAAUAUCAAGGACGACAUCAUGGCUUGGGCUACAGGAGCACAAACCUUUGUCAUUGUAGCAUUGGCAGAAUCAGAUGAGUUUGGCCAGAAGAGCGAGCUUCUUAAGACAUUGAAAAAGAACAAAAAGGCAUUGGAAAAAGCCGCUACUGGGGCGAAGGGGUCGUCUGAGAAGACACAGAAAGCUGGGCCAAGCAGCAGCGGUGCCAAGUUGCUAUUGAGCAAGAUUUGA